AGAGAGAGAGAGAGAGAGGGAGGGGGGAAACAGAGAGAGAGAGAGGGAGAGACUGGCUGACUGGUUGAGUGACUGACUGGCUGACUGAGAGAGAGAGAGAGAGUGAGAGAGGGAGAGAGAGAGAGCAAACGGAUUGGAGCUAAUCUGUGAUUGACGGAGACACUGCAUGAUGCGUGAAUACAAGUUAGUAGUCCUUGGCUCUGGUGGUGUCGGCAAGUCUGCACUGACUGUUCAGUUUGUUCAGGGGAUCUUUGUGGAGAAGUAUGACCCCACAAUAGAAGACUCAUAUAGAAAGCAAGUGGAGGUGGAUGGCCAGCAGUGUAUGCUGGAGAUCCUGGACACUGCAGGGACGGAACAAUUCACAGCCAUGAGGGACCUGUACAUGAAGAACGGCCAGGGCUUCGCACUAGUAUACUCCAUAACUGCACAGUCCACAUUCAAUGACCUGCAGGACUUGAGAGAACAGAUCCUGCGAGUUAAAGACACUGAUGAUGUGCCGAUGAUCCUGGUGGGGAAUAAGUGUGAUCUGGAGGAUGAGAGAGUGGUGGGGAAGGAGCAGGGACAGAACCUGGCCCGCCAGUGGAACUGCUGUGCCUUCCUCGAGUCCUCCGCAAAGUCCAAGAUUAACGUCAAUGAGAUCUUCUAUGACCUGGUCCGGCAAAUCAACAGGAAAACCCCAGUACCUGGGAAGGCACGCAAAAAGUCCAACUGUCAGCUGCUCUAAUACACAGCUGUUCUGUUGCUCUGAGCCAGGUCUGAUUUGCUGCUGUGUCUGUCAGCAGUGCCAGCAUUCCGACGUUACUAAAACCUAACAUCGAAUGGACUUUCCUGUGUGGUGAUGCCCCUUUAAAGAAACCAACCGACAGAUUCAAGGCUACAGUAUCAUAUUUUUUGCACAUAGAUAACCAUCAACACUUUCCAGAGUUGCAAGAAAGAUUUUUACUUAUAAAUAUAUAAAUAUAUAUUCUAACUGUAUGCAACUAAAAUAGACCAAUAAUUACAUGGAUAAAUGAAUAAAAUCCUAAAAGAAUUUUAAAAAAACGCAGAGCCUACACACAGUGUUAUUGCUAACGGAGUCAGCCACCGUUGGAAAAGUAAGGAGCGUGUGUUGAACCUGACUGUGCACGUUGCCAUGGCAAUUACAAUGAUGCGAUAUUUAUAAGCACCACUAUUUUAGCCAGAGAUGAGAGGAAGUCCAAAGACACCCAUAUAGUCCAUUUCGUACAGCUAACUUUGCUCCUUGGUUUCUGUGCAUUUCUUCCUGUAGAUUUUGUCUUUUGUAACAUUUUUUUGUUUGUUUUAUUUUCAUCCUAAUUUUCCUCCUUCCUGCAUUUUCACUUUUUAAAAGUUACUAGUUUUCGCUCUGCCAAGAUGGUAUAUCACAUGAACUAUUGAUAUAAGUUUUAUCUUUAGGAAAACCUGUGGAUACAUGUAUGUGUAAAAAUUAAAAAAUAUAAUGAUUUCUGUCACUAUUAUGUUGUUCUUAGCCUCAAAUGCCUUCAAAUAUGUAUUUAGAUCUUUUUUUUUUCUUUCCAGGCGAAUCCAACUAAAAAAAAAAAACAACAAAAAAAACUUAAUCCAUCUCUCAUACCAGGUUUCUUGUCUUGUUUACGGAGACAUUUGUACAGUUUGGGGUGCUCACAAGGGGGCACUGUUGAAAGGGACAGUCAUGCUUCACCUUGAAAGAGUGAAAUAUAAUAAAUCAGCUUUGCAUCAUGUGAUCUCUCAUUGAUAGAAUAUAAACUGUCCAAUCCCUUUCACAGAAUUCCCCUUAACUACUACAGGAAGUAUAUUUUAAAGAAUUGAGAGCAACACUUUCUAUGAAGCCCAUAUUCGUAAAUUAUUAUAACUGUGCUUCUGAUUGUUUAUAAGUAGGUAAUGAUUUCUUGUAAAGUCUUUUUAUAAACUCUAAUAAUGCCUCGUGAAGCUGUAAUAAUGUGCAAUAAAUAACUCCUUGAUAACUUAGACAUGUUGUAACACAAGUGCUGUUAUUCUUUAUAAUGUCAUGUGGUGUACUGCGCAGCCUUUAUAACUAAAGAUUAUCUGUGAAUAUUUAAAGCAACUGUAACAUUUAUUAACAAUUAUUUAAAAAAAAAAAACUGUCUUGCUACUUAGGAGGAAUAAUUUAACAUUCACUUUAAUUGAAGCACUGAGUAAUGACAUUUUAAGUGUUUAUCAUUUUAUAAAUAAUUGUUAAUAAAUAGUAAUUAAUAUAAAUAAUAAUAAAUAAUUAGUUACUCACAGGUCAUUAGUAGUAAAAAAGGUUGUGCAGUACACCACAUGGAAUUAUAAUGCAUAGCCACUCUUGUGUUAUGAUGAUUAUGAAUAUGAUUAUAAAUUCACAAGGAAUUACUUAUAGAACAUUAUUAGAGCUUUACAGGGCAUUGUUAGAGUUUAUACAAAUGCUUACAGGGAAUCAGUACCAACUUACAAAAAUGAUGAGCAAACUUGUAAUGAUUUAUAACAAUGGGCUUCAUCAAAUAAUCAUCAGUAAUAUCAGUGUCUGCACUGCGUUUACUGAUGUUCUCUAAAGGUAAUUCACCCCGAACCUUCCUCUUGCCUGCGAAUGCAACUGAUCAUUUUGGAUCCUGUCAGUAAAGAUUAAAAAAAAAAACUUGCCUGUUAGUGACUGUUUCACUUUUGUAAAACUUGGAUUGAACUGUUUUCUGUCUGCGUUCCUGUGGGAAUUACUGUAGUGAAUGUUGGGGUGGGGAUGCUGUGUUUCUGAGCGGGGAGAAAAGGGAUCAAUAGUUACAAAAAAAAAAAAAAGACCAUAUUGUAACAAGUGCAAUCAUAUGAAGCAUUCAUAAAGCAUUCAUGAGAUGUGGAUGAACUGUGCGGCACAACGACACAAAAUGUUCGACUAGUUGAGCUGCAGACCAUCUUAUAGUCUGCAACUAAAAUUCAUGCUUUUUGACUCAAUAUACUGUAACAAUGUAUGUGCACCAUGGAUGCUUUAUGCAUGCAUUAUGGAGGUUCACUCAGUAAAAAAAAUGUGAUAAAUAAAAAAAUCUAUUAAGUAAUGCUGAAUGAGUGAUGAAGGUUAACAUUGAGGUUAUGUUCUGCUGAUUGUGUCAACAAAUGCUUUGUUGGAUUUCUGUUUUUUAAAAGAAAAAAAAAAAUCUGGGUGAGGGUGAACGCGUGAGAGCGCUGCAGUAUUUGAAAUGAAGCAUUUGAGUAACUGUAGAGUUGGGGAGGAGGGUGGGAGGGUGGAUGGGUGGCCAAAUGUAAACUUAAAAGCCUUAAUUGAAGUGGUGCAAUUUUGUAUAAUCGAGCAUCUGUAGUUCAAUAAAUUGGAUUGCCAUGCAAGGGCUCGCAAGAAGCCAGUUCUGCCACUUGAUUGUGUAUUGUUUCACAGUUCUUCUGUCAAUAAAAUCAGUUUAACAUUUGCUCUAA